UCGAGCUGAGUCGCAAGUAAUUCGAGGGUUUUAGGCAGCGGCCGCCGGAGAUGGGGGAGCGGGCGAAGGAAUGGCUCCUCGCAGCCGGCGCCGGCGCCGCCGUCGGCGCGCUUUCUGCCGCCGCGAUCAUGAAUCUUCUCUCGAGAUCCAAGAGGAGAGAGGGGUACGUGCGGGAAUUGCUGGAAUCGAAUGGCAUCACGGCUGGUACGGGCAACGCUCGGUUCAGCAGGCAGCUGGGUGCUAUUGGUAGCUCCGAUCUUCUCUCAGAUGAAGUGGUCUCUGAACAGCUUACAAGGAAUAUACAGUUUUUUGGCAUGGACUCUCAGAAGAAAGUGACUGAAUCCUAUGUUGUAGUCAUUGGUCUUGGAGGGGUUGGCAGUCAUGCAGCUUCAAUGCUCCUGAGAUCUGGUGUCGGAAGGUUGCUCCUUGUGGAUUUCGAUCAGGUCUCACUGUCGUCACUGAAUCGACAUGCUGUGGCAACCAGAGAUGAUGUUGGGACUCCAAAAGCACUAUGCCUCAAGAAGCAUUUUUCAAUGAUAUACCCAGAGUGCCAAAUAGAUGCAAGAGUGCAAUUGUAUGAUCCAUCAUCUGAGGCGGAGAUUCUUUCUGGACAGCCUGACUUUGUUCUCGAUUGCAUCGAUAACAUUGAUACCAAGGUGGCACUCCUUGCGGCUUGCGUGCGCAGAGGUUUAAAGGUGCUUUCUGCAAUGGGGGCUGGAGCUCGGGCUGACCCCACCAGAAUUCGUGUUGCCGAUUUGAGAGAAUCAAGCAAUGAUCCCCUCUCUCGAUCAGUGAGGUACCGGCUUAAGAAGGAACAUGGAAUUGAAGGCGGAAUACCCGUAGUUUUUUCAUUGGAAAAGCCAAAGGCAAAGCUACUUCCCUUUCAAGCUUCAAAAGAAGAGGAAACUCCAUCAGAUUAUCAGGUUGUGCCAGGGUUUAGGGUUCGCAUUAUCCCAGUGCUGGGAACAAUCCCUGCAAUAUUUGGUCAAGUUAUGGCCUCCUAUGUGGCUACUCAGCUUGCUGGAUUAGAUUUUCAAACUGAGCCAGUUGUUAACCUGGAUUUGGAUCAUUACCGUAUACUUCAUCAGCGUCUUAUUGAGCAUGAGGAGCUGAUAUAUGGGACAGCCGAGCAAGUUCUGGUAGAUGCUGAAGAGGUAAUGUACAUUGUCAAGGAAUUGUGGCGUGGUCGAAGUGCUAGAGACCAAAAUCAGAAGGAUACUGGGCGGAAAAUGUGGAGAUCUGUCAAUGAGCUAAUGCUUGUUCGAUGGGACAAAUCAAAACCUGCUGGUGUGUCGAACUUAAUACUUCUCAAGUUUAGUGAGGCUGACGCCCAUGAAUCCACCACACUUGAUCAGAUAAAAGAAAAGGAACCUGAAUUCUACUCUAUGGUUUCGCGUGUGCUGAAACGAGCUGAAGUGGAGUUUGCUUUAUGAGUGGGCUGCCGAUCUAGUUGGAGUUUGGCGUGGCGGGUUCCGUACCUGGGAAUACCCUAUCAAAAUGCUAAGAUGAAAAUGAUGUGCCAGUUUGGUUUUCUACAGUCGAACCAUCAGCUUCUGCCAUCACGUUGUAGUCGGCUAUGUAUCCAUUUUCUGCGUGAAUCUUAUCCUGUAACCUGCCAAACCAAGAUAUUUUGUUGUGAUAUGUUGAGCAGAGGCAGUUUUGAUGCGA